UCGAAUUGUGCGAUGUGCCAUUCUUUUGAAUAAUUUUCAUUCCCCAUUGUGCCCUACAGCCCAGAGGGCUCCGACAUCAUGAUCGCCCUGAAUCUGUAUAAACCGUCGGCCACCUUGCCCGAGUACUGGACCAACUCAGGGCUGCCCAGCCCCACCUAUCGACGGACGCCCCUCAGUCGUCGGUACCGAAUUCUCAUCAUACUUGUGAUUUUCUUCAUUGCAUGGAAUCUCUAUACAGCCUCGAUAUCAUCAUCAUCAUCCGAAGAGGUGGAAGACGAUGGAGCCGACUAUGACGAAGCAGAGGUCGCCUCCAUAGAGCAUAAGUCACUCUACUCCGAGGCCGUGAAGAUUCUGGAGGAGGCCAAGGCAGCAAUCGCAGACAAGAAAGUGGCUCCGAAUCCGGAUCCGAAAGAAAGUAGUAGUGACACAGACCUCAUUGGCAGCUUUGGAAGGGUAGUAGAGCAAGAUCUUCCCAUUGCUAAGAUACAUCAGGAAGAGGCCGUCGGUAGCUCCAAGGAAAAGGUAGCUUCGAAGCCGCAUUCUGAGGGAAGCGGAAAGAGCACAGAUAAAAGCAAAGGGGAGACGAAGGAAAGCGAAGGGGACAAAGAUCACAUUGGCAGCUUGGGGAAGAUAGUUGAGCAACAGCUCCCCGAUGCCAAGAUACACGAGGAAAAGGAGAAGGCCCCUAGCCGUCCCAAGGAGCAACCACCGGCGGGAGAGAGGCCCAGAUUCCCUCCAUACGCAUCACACGCACAACUUACCGCAAAGGCCUCAACAUUGCCGCAAGUCAUUCACGUGCCGUUCGAGGAGACAACCGCUGAUGUGGUUUUGGAAGGCUGGGAAGACCAGUGGUUCUCCGAAGCAGAGUUGAACAUUGACAAGUGGGGAAAGUUGGAGGAGCCAAAGAUCGAUUUUGUUUACACUUGGGUCAACGGUUCCGAUCCUGCCUUUCAGGAGACCAUCUACCCGUACGAAAUCAACAGUACCUUGAACGAUGCGAAGGGAAGGUGGCGUGAACAGCAUCGAGUAAACAGAUAUCGAGACUGGGAUGAGCUCCGAUAUUCCAUCCGCAGCGUGGAGAAAUACGCAUCAACCUUCAGAAAUAAGAUCCAGCUGCUGGUCAAUGACGUGGCAGAUCCAGACGAGGCUCUCAAUGCCACCGUCGACGACCCAGCUCCCAUUUCCGGGAAGCAACAACCCUUGUGGCUGAAUAACGAUGCGCAGACCGCAGAGAGGUUCCAGAUACUUUCUCAACAAGACUUCUUCGACGAAGACGGACAAGGAUGUCUUCCAACUUUCAAUUCCUUGACGAUGGAAAAUCAGAUCUUCAAUACCAAAUCUGAUACCGAUCGAUUCUUCGCCUUGUCCGAUGAUAUGCUCCUUGGGAAACCCCACGCAGCAUCAGAUAUCUACUCACCUCUGUUUGGCCCUAUGAUGGGCUUCAAAACCAAUGUCUAUAACACCGUCUUACCACCCACCACCGCCGACGCUCAUGCCUUCGGCGAGAAACCAUUCCUUAUCUAUACCUCUUACCUCCUGAACCAGCGUUUUGGAGAGCGGAAACGCAAGGGGCAAGUCCACUUCGGACACUCCAUGUCCCGAUCGGUGACUCGCGAAGCUAUCAGCGCAUUCCCCCGUCCCGCACUGGAGAGCGCUUGUGAGCGAUUCCGCGGCGAGACUACUGGCUUCCAGCUCUCGUCGUGGUUUGUCUCCUUCCAUUACACGAUCGAGCGACACCGCGAGGCCCUACUCUGGAGCUACAUCAUGCUCCGCAACGACGUCGACCGGAACGGCAAUCUGGGCUGGGAAGAGCGCAAGGCCAUCCUCGAGGACUUGAAGGGGGGGCAGGCGAAGGAGAGCAACACAGCCGGACACAAGCCCAUGUUCUACAAGACCGGAACCCGUAAGCGGAUGUUCUACCAUGUGGCCGAGGUGCUGGAGAAGGCCGGCCUGGAGCCGCCUAAGGUCAACGUCGACGUGGAAUGGACGUCUCUUGACGGGCCCGUCGCCAUCAAGGACGCCGAGUGCGCCGACUUCGAUGUGGACCUGUGCCUGGCGCCCGGCUUCUCGAAGCCCAUCACGGACGAGAACCACACCAACUACAUCUUCAACACGGCGUCUAUCUUCGAGCGCGUGGCGCGCGAGCACCCGCACUGCGGCGACUGCCUGCUGAAGCUGGUGCUGAACGGCGUGGAGAAGGGUAUGGGGCCGCUGCUGCCGCACGCCGACACGCAGGGCGAGGACCGCAAGACCAUCAUCCGCGCGCUGUGGAAGUAUCAGUACACGAUUGUCGAACCAGAUGCCUUCUUCGUGAUGAUCACCGACGCCGAACAGGUCGAGAACGUGCUGUUGAAGCGCCUGCUCGAGCGCAGAGGCAAGGUUGGCCAGCUGUGCCUGAAUGACGAUGUUGCGACCGAGGAGGAGAGCGCGGUCGCCAAUGUGCGCAAAGUUAUGAUGCAGAUGCUCGAGGGGAUGCUCCCCGAUCCCAGCCCAUACGAAAUCGGCUACACGACCCCAAGUUAACUUUUAUAUCAUCAUUGUUUUGCACAUUUAAUAAAUACCAGGUCUGGCGUUUGGGAGACGGCAUUUUGGAUUUUGAUGACGGAACCGGCCAUAGAUAACGGUGUCGGUGAACAUUUAACGACUAGAUGCAUGAUUGGAUAAGCUGACUAUUACUUUAUGUACCUGUCU